AUAGCGAUGAAGGGAGGAGGAGACGGCGAGACCAAGAGUUGGACAGGAUGGCCUAAAUCGCGCCUUCACGACUUCAUUUUCGGAUGCAUCGCAAUGCUACGCCAGUCAUGCUCACGCAGCCUGCCUUUCUCUUUUCGUGUGCGCUUUCAGACCAUCGUGAGCAAUUCUUCUGGCCUCCACGAGAUCCAGCUAGGCCGCAGGGCCGCUCGAAUGCCGGCGAGCGAAGGAGGCAACAGCAACUGCGGGAGGAUGCCGCUUCUGCUUUCACGUAUGGCGAGGGGGGCUUCAAUCCCGCACUUCGGCCGUCAAAUGCGGCGAAAGCAGCCGCUAGCAUGGAGAAUGGGCAAGGAGAGGAGGCCACAGGACGUCCUGCGAGCUUGCGCAGAAGGGCCUCGCCUGGACCGGUGGGACCGGUGGAUGACGGAGCUAUCUGGAGUAGUGUCCCGCCAUACCACCCGGACUACGGUCGGCCUCACGCACGUCGUUCCUCUUCUUCCUCCUCAGCGUCGUCGGGCUCUUCUUCCGCAGCAGAAGAAGCCGGUGUCGUCAACGCAGGGUGCAUCCCACCAGGCACGAUCCCCGGCUCGGGAGUCAGGCCGGGUGAUGCGCGCCCCAAUCCCAACAGGGCUAGGAGACGGGCGGGCGACGAUGCUUCGAGCGACAUGGAAGAGCACGAGCUACUCGAUGCGGCUGAGCGACGCCGAUGGGGUGCGCAUAGCGGAGAGAUUUUUCCUCGCCUCUUCGCCGAAAAUGAAGACGACUCAGCGAGUGACCUUGGCUCCGAGGGCUACGGAGACGAGGGUGACAGCAGCGAUGAUCAAGAGGACCAGCGGCGCCAGCUGCACAGUCGUGUUCGUCGCGGCUCAGAGGGGUACGAGGUGCGGCCGAUGAUGUACGACGAGGCGUACGCGGCUAAUGCGGCCGAGGAGGAGGAGAGGCUGAGGAGCUUUAUCAUGGCGGAGAGGGAGCGUUUGGGACGUGUUUGGGAUCCAGAUGCUGAGUACGCGCAAGGAGUCGUCGAGAUGGGCGGCGAUGCCGACGAUGACGAGUGGGGAGACAGAAGAUAGAAGAGAUAUGGACAAUCUGUAUUGCUUGACAAAGAUGACAAUGCUUCGAAGUGUCGAGGGAGAAAACCCGCCCGCGUAAACUGCGCUACUCUCCGCCUGCGUCCGCCGCCGCGAGCACGG